AUGGCCACUCAGCAAACUCUUCUUUCUCCUGCCGAACUCGCAUAUCUGCACAGCACACUCUCUCUUACCCCACCAAUCCGCCCUGAUGGUCGUUCUUCAACGCAAUUCCGGCCAUUGACCGCAGAGACAGGUAUUUUACCUGGAACAAACGGCAGUGCUCGUGUAUGCUUUUCGGAUGGCACAGAAGCCAUUGUUGGCGUAAAGGCGGAAAUUGAAAAAACCCCUGGCAUACGAGAUGCCGAAGACCGCGAUGGCAAAUUGAGUGCCAUCGCAAGCGCCGCAGCUGAUGAUGCAAGGUCAAGAGCUAGAGGGGAUUGGUUGGAAAUGACGAUCGAGAUACCUGGCCAGAGAGACGAUGAAGCUUCGACGGUGUUUCUGGCGGAGAUGUUGAGAGAGGCGUUAUUAGCAGAUGGGGAAUUCGCGAAGAGGCUUUGGAUUAAUAGACGAUUUCAUUGGAGAUUGUUUCUUGACUCAGAAGGCGACGAAGACCCCAUGUUUGACGACGACUGGGAGUCAUCGACCUACUUGUAUCCGCGUGACAGAGCUUCCACUGGUUUCCGACCGCCAAUUACCCUGUUAGUCAUUGGAGUGGGCGACAAUAUCAUUUUCGACCCGUCCAAGGAAGAGUUGGCAGUUGCGGAGACGGCACUGGCCGUAUCAGUAGGAGAGGUUAGGGAAGAAACGAAGCCGGGAGGGAUGAAUGUCGACUCGAGACGAGAGCUAAGACUGUUGUCAAUGAGAACAGUUGAUCCGCCUUCGAGACUAACUCCUCCCGGUGUGCCUAAUUCCAUCAAUGUCGCUGCGAACGGAGCAUCAGCUGGCUCUACUACGAAGCAACAGGCGGACGGUCACCAAGCUGUGCAGGGCGUGUGGAAAGCACCCUUGGGCGGAAGCAAAUUCAGCGUGAUGAACGGCAUUGUAGAAGCCGUGCUUGAAAAGGGUGGUGUUGCGGAUGAAAUCUUGGAUGGGUUGGAGGGUGUAGAUUUAACAUGA